UAUGUCUUUACAUAGCUUUUGAGUCUCGCGUAAACGGGUUUAUAUACCCACAUGCAAACAUUUCGUUUCGAAACAAAUGACAUUGAAGUGUUAUACGACUCAAUAAGAAACUGUUCUAAUUUUAUUUUGAUAUAAAUCGAUGUCUUGGCAGCACUACACAACUGCCCAUUGUAAACAAAAGUUACUGCAGCCGGCAAAUAUUUACAAAUUUUGUUUAAAACAUACAUUAAAAAUAUGCCAAAAAUCGUGGAACUACGUCAGGAUCGAAACUUAAUACGCAGCAAUUUUGAUGGAUAUAAGUUGUCAUUAGAUGCAGUGCCACUUAUACGGCAAGAGUUAAACAAAAUUCCCUACAAAGCAACACAAAAUGAUGCACAAUAUUCACUCCUACAUACCGAAUUGUUUUCAAUGCAAAAUUUGUUGUAUGCUGAUCCGUGGUGCAGAACAACAACCUAUUUUGUUAGUACACAAGGAGAAGUAGUGUGUAGUAACUACGAUGAAAGUAUUGGGCGUCCACAGGCUCCACAAGUGGUGUAUCGCAUGAAGUCAGAAAAGCCACGUGUCAAUGGCGACUACAAUUAUUCAAUGCGUUUUAUAUCGGAGAAGUAUUGUGUUGUCUGCAAUGGUAAACGACAAAUUUUUCUACUAGAAACAGGUGAUAGACGCAAAUUAUUAGAAUGGAAACAAGUAAGCAGCGCGGAAAUUUGCAAUGCUGAAGAAAGCUGUAAUUUCACAAUACAAGAUUGCCGCUUAGACAUCAUACAAGAACAGAAACAAAUAUCAAUGAUAUUAGGCAAUAUACAAACAAAAGAUAUUGCUAAUGGCACAUCAAAUCACUAUAUGCAUCUAUACUGGGCGAAAUGGGUACAAAACGAUACGUGGACAUUUAAUAUUUUAGACAGUUUGGAAGGUAGGGGUUCAUUGUAUUAUUGUGCUUUUGAACCUCGAUCGGAAUCAUUGGUUUUAUGUUCAAAUAGAGAAAUCAAAUUUAAAUCAGAAAAUGAAAUCAAUACAAUUGGUACGGAAGUUUUGGAAAAACCACAAUUACACACUGAAAAGAAUGAAAAUAGUGGUUUUCAAUGGUCGCAGACGGACGAAGAUAUAACCAUAAAAUUUGAUGUUAAGGAAGAUAAAGAAAAAACCGAUUAUAAUGUUAAAUGCACUUCGGAUAAAUUAACUGUUAAAUGUUCUGAAGACACAUUAUUAGAUAAAGUUCUAUUCAGUAAAGUUGACCAAGAUCUUACAACUUGGACGAUAGAAAACAAUUUUUUGCAAAUAACACUGUCAAAACAGAUUUCAUCAUUGUUUUGGACUUCAUUACUUGAAAAUGGUGAAGGUCCUAAGGAAACUUUAGACAACAUCAAUUCAAAUCCUAUACCUAUGGAACAACAACCAAUAGCAAAUUUAGAAGCACCUAUAGAAGAUUGCGAUUUUCCUAUAGGCAUUAUGGAUGAUGAAAUUAAAAUUGAGCGAUUUAAUUUACCCACAAAGUCGGUUACACAUUCGGUUUUGUUGGGCUCGACUCCACCUUUGUUUUCAACAAGCUUGCGACCAGGUUUUCCAUUGGCUAUAGCUACGAGACAGGAUGUGGAUGCGUGCCUUUGGUUACAGCAAUACAAUCCAAGUAAGCCAGAUGUUUGGGCAUUACGUCAUGAAGGCAAUUUGCAUGCUUUUGGAUAUGUACAAGCAUCAAAGCAACAAAAGAAAUUUAUGGACUGUUCGCCAGAUUUAAAUUAUGCAAUCAUAACUGAGUCUCAUAGACAUAUUUUCCUCUACAAAUCUAAUUAUGAUUCAGAAAAUAGUUUACGAAAUCGACAUGGUCCACAAGUUCAAAUUGGUAAACAACAUUUAAUUACAUUGGAUAAUGUGGGAGAAGUUUUAGGAAUGGCAACAGCAGCGACAGUUGUAACAUUUUUAACUGAAAAGUAUCUAUUAUAUUUGCAGAUAAAUUAAUUCAAAAAAAUUUUUUAAUGAUUUAGCAUUAAUCAUACUAACUAUAUGAGUCACUUGAAGUGUAAAUGUGCAAGUAAUGAUUGUGUUGCUAAAUUAGUUUUUGAUAAAAAUUAUAAUUUAAAUACGCUUGUAAA